AACACGAACUUGUCGUCUCAGUUCUCAAAUGUCAAAGUUUUUUGACAAAAUUCAUGAAAAUUAAUUACCUAUUUUCAUUAUUUUCGUUUCAUGAAGAGAAGAGAACCGAGAUUUCAGAAACUCCGCACGUUGAACGUACUACAAAGAAAACAUUUACUGCUUAGACCACCUAUUGCUCAAUUUUACUUUUCAAUUGGUGUGUCAUCAUAAUUAUUGAUUAUGUUUAUUGGACUUCAUCAGUGAACCUAUGGAGUGAACAAAAAAAUCGAUUUUUCCGGUGAUGUGUUAUUGUUGAAAUUUGUGCAAAAAUGAAUCCUGCCAUCGGUUUUGCCUCUUUUUUAUUGUUGUAUUUGGUUCCAAAAUGCCAAGGGUCGGGUACAGAUAUAGCUCUGGAUGCAAAGGCGACUCUCCUUCACCGUAUAGAUAGUUUGAACCUUUUAAUUUAUACAUGCCUAUUAACGUUAACCGUUUUGACUAUAUGGGUCUUCAAGCAUCGUCGUGUGAGUUGGCUGCACGAAACUGGUCUAGCUGUCAUAUAUGGCCUUAUAGUGGGAGCAAUAAUCAGAUAUGCAAGCAGUACAAAUCAAGUCACCUAUAUUGAUGCUCAUCCAGAUGCAGAUGCCAAAUACAACUUGUCUGUUCCACCAGACAUUGUGCGAUUUCAUUUCCCUGACAAAAUACAAAUAUCCUCUGGUGAAGCGCCUAUACCAAACAAGACAUACGCAUAUAGCUUCAGGGGUGAGAUAGUCAAUCUGGAGCAAAAUGAAAUUGACCUGAAAGCCACAUUUGACCCUGAGAUAUUUUUCAAUAUAAUCCUACCUCCUAUCAUAUUCCAUGCUGGAUAUUGUCUGAAAAGAAAAUAUUUCUUUCGCAACCUAGGUGCAAUACUGACAUUUGCUAUGGUGGGCACAGCUCUCUCCGCUCUAGUCAUUGGUUCUCUAAUGUAUGGCUGCGUGCAACUGAUGCCGGCAUCUCUAGCUGCUAGCUUCACAUUCCUGGACACCUUGUACUUCGGUGCUUUGAUCUCGCCCACGGAUCCGUUAACUGUUCUCGCCAUUUUCUCACAGCUGAAGGUGGACGUCAAUCUGUAUGCUAUGAUAUUCGGCGAAAGUGUUCUCAACGAUGCAGUGGCUUUAGUACUGAGCGGAGCCAUACAAAACUACGAGAAGAGGUACUCCGUCGAUGGUGGAUUCGAAAUAACUGCAUUCCUUGCGGCGAUCGGCGACUUCAUUGGAAUUUUCAGCCUCUCGCUACUGGUCGGCGCUCUAAUUGGAUGUUUGACUGCAUUGAUGACUAAAUUCACUCAUGUGCGAGAUUGGCCGCUACUAGAAUCUGCGUUGUUCGUGCUGACUUCUUACGCCGCUUUCCUUAUCGCCGAAGUCUUUGAACUUACAGGUGUGGUGGCCGUACUAUUCUGCGGCAUAUGUCAGGCUCACUACACGUACAACAACCUGUCGGCCGACUCCAGGAACAGGACCAAACAGCUGUUCGAGCUGCUCAACUUCCUAGCCGAGAACUUUAUCUUCACGUACAUCGGAGUAUCGAUGUUCACAUUCCCGAAACAUCACUUUGAUCCGUGGUUCAUCAUUGCUGGAUUUCUAACUUCCAUGCUCGGCCGUGCAGUAAAUAUCUACCCGCUAUCGUUCCUAUUAAAUCUAGGACGGAAACCGCCAAUACCCAUGAACUUCCAACACAUGCUGUUCUUUUCUGGUCUCCGAGGCGCGAUGUCGUUCGCGCUGGCUAUCCGCAACACGGUGUCGGAGGCGCGGCAGGCCAUGCUGACCACCACGUCGCUCAUCGUCAUCGCCACUGUCGUGCUGCAGGGCGGCGCCGCCACGCAUGCGCUCGCCUACUUGCGCAUACCUACUGGACAAGGGCAGAACGAUGAAAACGAAGCGCUGCCUUACCGCGACGUAAGAAGUCUCUACCAGUCCACGGAAACAAGCAGACCGAACGGCCGCAUGGUAGUAAAAUGGGGCAAAGGCGAAAAUGAAGUGGUUAUGCCUUGGCAACUUAACUCUUUCGAAGACACCCCACAUGGUAGUGGCGACGGGGGCGGGGAAAAGGCCCGACUAGCUCGACUGUGGGGCGCUGUGGACUCCAAGCUGCUCAAACCGCUGCUCACUCACGCUCGCCCGCCGCUGACUGAAACGCUUCCCUCCUUCCUCAGGCCUUUGGGCAGGGUUUUGACCACUACCAGACAGUACACACAAGCUGAAAACAGCCUCCGAAGAACCGAUUCAGAUUCAGAUUUAUGUAUUGACGAACCACAACCAGUCCCAACGACAAUUGAUCCGCAGCUUCCAUAUUAUAACAUACGGAAUGGAUAUGGAAAUGUCUAAGCUUUGUAGCAUUAGUAAUCCUCGGCUGUGAUAACAGGUCUAGAUCUAGAACUCUAGAUGUACAUAAAAUAUUGUUUUUAAUAGGCAAAUUGUUUCUUAAUCAUUGCACGCAGCAACUUUGGCCCGGACUCGUGGACACGAGAAUCUCAGUAGAAGGUAUCACCGGGAGUAAUAUAUAGUUUUAAGUAGGAAAAAUAAAUAUGUCAUAGUCAGAAGCCGAAUCUCCGCUCCUGGGUUCGCCGAGUCGAAAGCUCUUGCUCCUAGUCCUCAGGACUGACAAGAGUUCAUUCAAUCCAGUUCAAAUUUUUGACCAACAAAGGUGUACUCAAUCCCAGGAGUGCCUGAAUUUGUAGUUAAACGGCAAUAGUGUAAUAAUCCGAGCGGUGCUAUGUUUCGUUGAACAAAUUUCCUUUCAGUCUAGUUUAUUUUUAAUAAUGUACUAAGGUCAUUUUCGACCUUUGCUUUUUCUUCUCUCCUAGAAUUGGCCAAAAACUCGUCAGACGAAAGAUUGAAGAUUAGGUCUCUGACUAAAGACCUCUUAUCAGACCUGAGGAUUGAGUAGUUAAACUUAAAGGGGCGGAGCUUCGGCUAUUGAUUAAGCAUUAAUAUAUACGCUCUUUGUGCCACGAUAAGAAGUGAUGCCGCCAAGAAUUUAAAUGUAUUUUGCUAUUUCCUACUGUAGCCUGUAGCUACAACCGUUUAGGGUGGUAUUAAUACUAGAGUAUUUUAGUAGAACCUACCACGCGUUAUCCUUUAGUAUUUAUUGCUUCGGUAUACUUUUGUUUUUAGUUUUUGUACUAUGAAAUGCUUUCGUAGCUGGUAAAUAGGCACAUUAAAAAAAAUCGCCACUGUGAUCAGUAAAUUUGAGUGUUUACCUAGUAAUAAUUAAUUGUUAUAAUUUUUAAUGAAAUUCUUGUGUUGGUCGUGAAAACAAAACUUAGGGCUUAGUCAUAAACUUGUAGUUUUUUGUUUAAAAAACCAUGUUUAGUUAGAGAAGGAACCUAUGUAUAUUAAGUUAUAGCCACCUAAAUUUUUAUACUAUACUGUUCUGAUUCAUUUGGUACAAAUAGAAUUUAAAAAAUACGUAUAUUUAGUUAUUAUAGCCACCUAAAUUUUUGAAUUAUACUGUUCUGAUUCAUUUGGUACAAAUAGUUUUUUUUUUAAAUCGCAUUAGUCAGUAUUAAUUAUUCUUGGUGAUUGUGAUAUUUGUUUUGGAUGUAUUUAAAAAAACAUCAAAACUUUAAUUACACAUAUUUGGACAAGUGUUAGACCUCAGACAAAAAUAUUUUUUCUGUAAUGCAAUGUUUGACAUAAGAUUAUGUAAGUAAGCAUAUAAUUAUUAUUAUAAAAUGAUUAUCUAUAGUAAUAGAUCUACAUUUUCUAUCUUCGAUAUUUUUGUAAUAUUUAUUUAUACUUUUUUAUACUUACUAAAUUGCUAUUUUAAAUCUUAAUCUAGUCCACGAUUUCCUUUUUAAUGUUAUGAACAAUUUGAUAAGUUCCAAUCUCAGCUUUCAUAAAAUGUGCUACAUCGCUGUUAAAGGGUUGUAAUCAUCGAUGUUGUAAUUUAACUAAUAUUUGAGUUGUACUGUUGAUAAGUAAUUUUAAAUUAUUUGUAAAUAUGAUGCAACUCGAAGAUUAUGAUUGGUUUGUAAAACCAACAGUUGUUUAAAUUU